AUGACAUCUGCACUGUACAGUCCGUUUUUAACAUUAACUUACCGCAAGCAGGAGAGUUUAGCUCGUAAUACUUCUGAUGGCAGGUCAAGUUCGAGUACGGUUUAUGCAGGUUAUGGUGCUGCGUUGGAUCUUCUUCAUUUUGAGCCGACCUGUACAAAGUUACAUCAGAGGUUUUACCCUUUUGGAGAAAGAAGUAACUGUAUUUUUGGGACUAUAAUACCAUCUGAUGAAGAUUCAUAUUUUGCUGUUUACAGCGAAAGGUCGUUGGUCUUAUGCUAUGACGGUAACCCAUGUUACACGCUUUCUCGCGUUUAUAGGUUUCCUGAUUGGAUCCAAACUGCUGCCUUUUUAGAAGGGGAUAAAAUGGCAUUAAUUUUUGGUUGUAAUACGGUUGCUUUAUAUCAACUUAUUUGGUCUUCAGAUAAAAAAUCAGUGGCACUCACAGAAGUUUCUACAGUUUGUUCAGAAUACAGAGCACUUUUGACGAAUGCUUUGUUAGUUGGGAAAAGUUGGGAUGCCAGCACGUCGAUUGCAGGAACUGUGUUUGGAGACAUACUGAUUUCAUCACCAGCGCAAGGACCGUCAGUAGUUCAUCGCUUGAAACUUCAUACGGCUAAUGAUCGCAGUUUGUCGUUGUGGUGCAUGAAAACUUUUGAACUGCUUGACAACUCAUGUGCCCAUUCUGCAAGACCUUUCGCUAUUUGUGGAAGAAGCAAAUCUACAAUCAUUACUGGCAGUCAGGAUUCCAAUGUCUAUAUAUGGAACGCGAAUGAUGGAAAGCUCUCCUUGCUGCAGAUACUUCAUGUUGGUCGAGGCGCCAUACGUUCCUUAUUACUACUUGCAGAUUAUGUACUGAUAGGUUCCGAAAAUGGUUUCCUUGGUUGUAUGCGUUUACCAAAAGAAACGGAUGUUAUCAAAUGCAACAAAUUCCAUAGUAUAUUGCCAGUGCGGAAUUUCGCUUGUCUUUCUACGGACACAGUGCUUUUUAUUGAUGAGAGCAAAAAUCUGAAAAGGAAUUGCGGAAAUGUCACAGUCUGUGAAACGAUGUUCAAACUUGAAGCCACGGAUUGUUUUUCUUUAUCGUCAGAUCGGAAAUUUCUUUUGGCAGCAGGACCUCAGCGAUGCACUGUUAUCAAUACGAGUGAGGAGCGGUACUGGGUUACGAAUGAAAUACUAUAUUUUUGUUUGCUUAGUCACUUAGUUUUUCAAAUUGUCGUAAUUGGUUAUAAUUUAGUGCGCAACUUGGAAUUUUCUGUUAUUGAGAUGGAGGCAGGAGAUCGACUGGCAAACUGUAUUUGUGAGUUUACGGUGAAGGCAAAAAUUGCGCAGUGUGAUUGCGUAAGAAAAAAACGCCUGAAACUUUCUGUGCAUCGGACUUUGCCUUUUGGGAUUAAGAAGUUUAGAAUACGUGAACUGAAAUUAAUGGAUCACAUUUUGAGGAGUUUUUACUUCUACAUGAAAGUUUUAUUUUCAAUUAAUGGCCAUUUUGGGGAUUCGGUAACGGAUUUGGUGGUUUAUAAAGGUUUUUUGUAUUCUCUGGGACGUGAUGGAAAAAUGUGCAAGUGGCUGCUCUGUGAUUCAAAUGGUACAUUAACUUUGGUAGAACGUAGUAGAGUGACGCAGUUGAUCCCUAUGGAAUGGCCUUGCAAAUUUAUCUCUUACAACAAACACCUUUUUGUAGCUGGCUUCUAUGGAUCUGAUUUCCUCCUUAUACAUUAUAACAGCGGUCAUUGUAUUUGCCAGUUUAUGUGUGGUGGUGGUCAUCGAAACUGGGAUAUUCUAUUAAAUGGUCAUGGAAAUGAUGGACUGCCACUAGAAGCUUAUUUUACUUUCAUUCAGAAGGGUUGUGUCGUCACUGCAUUGUUACAUUUAUACAGCAUUUCGCUGAUAUCAUACAAUGCACACACGUCCAACAUUACUUCCUUGUGCGUUUUUAACGGCGAGAAGAAGCUGUUUAUCACAGGAGGAUUGGACACUGCUGUUGCCGUUUCAUGGGUGACAUCUGACGCAUCUCCAUUAGUACCGUUUCGGGCGAGGGAGCAUACCUCAAGCGUGUACGCCCUUUCAACCACUGGUGAUUAUGUAGCUUCUGCAGGCGGAAAAUCUGAGCUCCUUUUGUGGCGCGUCAAAGAAGAAAGUCUAAAAAAUGUUCACAAGAAGAGAUUUAAAGGCGACUGUAGGCUUAUUUCUGUCUGUUUAUUUGCGACAGAACCAGUAUCGAUGGUUGUUAGCGGUUCUGACGGUAGACUACUCUUAUAUAAAUGGAAUGAGGGGAAGGAUUUGCCAGAUGAAAUAUUCACUUUGCACACCUUCUUAGAAGAACAUUUCUUGUGCACAAAAGUUUACGCUAUGCAAGUCCACAACGACGUCUUACUUUUUGCCGUCACAAGCGUUGGGAAGGCACUGUUUUGGCCAAAUGUUAAUCAGCCACAUGAAUAUAAAACAGUUUUUCUGGAAAAAUCGGGACUUAGUGCACUCCACGCUUGCUACACAGGGUCAGGCCCAGUUGCCGCUGUGGGGUCGGAGUCAGGUUCUUUGACGGCUCUGAAGUUCCCAGACAAUGGUCCAUUGAUCACUCGUAUUUCGUAUCAUGCUGCAACAUGCACAGAUCUUCGCUUCUACAUCGAUAAAAAAUCUGGCGAUAGCUACAUAAUAUCAGUUUCUGUUGACUGUCGGCUGGCUGUUUUUCGAUAUAUCGAGGCUGUUCAUAGAUUGGCUUAUGUAAAAGCGGUAAUGCUUCAAGUAGCUGAUCCCUCUUCUCUCGACCUGUUAGAUGAAGUAGAACUGGAUUCGUCGAAAGCGGUUGUUGCCGGCUCUGCGGUACAAGUGGUUGCCUUAAAUUUGUUACUACGUUAA